CCAGAGGCGGCAGCGCCCCAUGGCACUUUCGCCUGGACAUUCCAUCCGCCAGAGCCAGCAGCUGUGGAGUCGGGGGGGGGAUUGACUUCGAAUUACCCCUCGCUGCAGGGAAGGCGAGACUCCAGUUAAAUCCCCCCCGACAGAGGCGAUUAGGAGGGUAACGUGUCACUCAAGCCUCAGCCGGCACAGGCUCUUCUCUCCCCAACUGUUGCUUUUGUUUCCCUCCAACUGCGCCUGCGCCACGGACAAGCCGACCCCGGCUCCCUCUCGCCUUGGCCGUUGGGCCGUAGGGAUUCUGAACGCCGCACGUGCGGCUCCUCGCGCCCCUCAGCUGAGCCUGACGUAGGCUACGGACCGGUGACAGCGUGAGGAAGGGGAACAGGAGGAGCAUCCCCGUGGAGGAGGGGGGAGCUCUGUCUGGCGGCGUGGGGCAGGGGAGUAGCGCCGCCCGCCCGCGCCCCCCGCCGUUCACAGGAGCCGGAGGAGGGGCGGGGACAGCAAGUGGCUUGGGGGCGGGACAGGACCCUAGGGCGGGGUGAGAUGCCGCAGCGGCCGCGUCGCUUGUAAACAGAGCCUGCUUCUGGCCCACGUGAUUGUGCGAAGUACCUGUACGGGGAGCUGUAUUGUCCGCGGCGGCGCCCGCCCGCCCGGUGCAGGACGAUACCGCGGCGGGAGGCGGGGCCGGCGCAGCCCGCGUCGCGCGCGCUGGGCGACGAGCGGCACCAGGAGGCCGAGCUCGCGAGCGGCCGUUUCCCCCCGGCGCAUCCUUCUCCCCCAAGAUGGCUGAAGGCGGGCAGUGAGCCGGCGGCGGAUGCGGAUGCCUAGCGCGGGCGCGUAGCGGGGCACUAUGUCCGCCUUCGCGCUGGAGGAGACGCUGGAGGCGGACUGGGUGGCGGUGAGGCCCCACGCCUUCCUCGAGCGAGAGAAGCACAAGUUCGCGUUCAUCGUGGCCUGGAACGAGAUCGAGGGCAAGUUCGCCAUCACCUGCCACAACCGGACGGCUCAGCGGCAGCGCAGCGGGUCGCGGGAGUUGCGCCGGGGCAGCCCCGGGGGGCAGGAGCACAGGGCCCUUGCCCAGGCUGGCGCCCCCGCGGCCCGCCGGACCCCGGCCUGCGGGGCGGACUCCAGCCCGGCCAGGAGCUCCUCGCAUCCCCGCGCGGACUCGCUGCUCCGGAGCACCGAGAAGGGCGCCGCGGCCGGGGCAGAGGCGAUACUGAAGAGCCCGCUGCGGACGAAGGCCAGUCCGGUCCGGAGGCCUCCGCGUAGCACGGAGGCGGCGGUGCCGAGCCCAGCAGGUGCGGCCGAGGAGAUCGAGGUGCUGGAGUUGGUGAAGGAUGAACCCGCGACCCCGCUGCUCUUGCUGCCGGGACCCGUCCAGCAAGGUGCCGAGCCGGCCGCAGACGCGGACUCCUCGGGGGAGGAGUGCAGCUGGGCCGGCCUCUUCUCCUUCCAGGACUUGCGGGCCGUGCAUCAGCAGCUGUGCUCGGUGAACUCGGAGCUAGAGCCCUGCCUGCCCGUCUUCCCUGAGGAGCCCUCGGGCAUGUGGACGGUGUUGUUCGGGGCCCCGCAGCUGUCCGAGCAGGAGAUGGACGCGCUGUGUUACCAGUUACAGGUUUAUCUGGGCCAUAGCUUGGACACCUGCGGAUGGAAGAUCCUCUCCCAGGUGCUCUUCACCGAGACCGACGACCCCGAAGAGUACUACGAGAGCCUGAGCGAACUGCGGCAGAAGGGCUACGAAGAGGUGCUGCAGCGGGCCCGCAAACGCAUCCAGGAGCUGUUGGAAAAACACAAGAAUACAGAAAGCAUGGUAGAGCUGCUUGAACUGUAUCAAAUGGAAGAUGAAGCCUACAGUAGUCUUGCAGAAGCCACCACAGAACUGUACCAAUACCUACUACAGCCAUUCCGAGAUAUGAGGGAACUUGCAAUGCUCAGAAGACAGCAGAUCAAGAUCUCCAUAGAGAAUGAUUACCUAGGCCCCAGGAGGAUUGAGAGCCUACAAAAAGAAGAUGCAGAUUGGCAGCGGAAAGCCCACAUGGCUGUCCUUUCUAUUCAGGAUCUUACUGUUAAGUACUUCGAAAUAACAGCCAAAGCACAGAAAGCUGUGUAUGAUCGAAUGCGAGCAGAUCAGAAAAGGUUUGGUAAGGCAGCAUGGGCAGCAGCAGUAGAACGUAUGGAAAAGUUGCAGUAUGCAGUUUCUAAGGAGACUCUGCAGCUGAUGAGAGCUAAAGAAAUCUGUUUGGAGCAGAAGAAACAUGCACUGAAAGAAGAGAUGCAGAGUUUGCAAGGUGGUACAGAAGCCAUAGCCCAUUUGGACCAGUUGGAAGCUGAUUAUUAUGAUCUACAGCUUCAGUUGUAUGAAGUACAGUUUGAGAUUUUGAAGUAUGAAGAGCUGCUGCUGACCGCACAACUUGAAAGCAUCAAAAGACUAGUGUCAGAGAAGAGAGAUGAAGUGGUAUAUUACGAUACUUAUGAAAGUAUGGAAGCCAUGCUUGAAAAAGAAGAUAUGGCGACAUCUGUACACUUACAAAGAGAGGAGCUGCAGAAGUUGCAACAGAAAAUCCGCCAGCUGGAAGCAAGGCGUGGACGCAUUUCAGCCAAGAAAGCUUACCUCAGAAAUAAAAAGGAUAUUUCCUUCUCCUCCAUACUGCCUGGAUUCCAGCAAGAGGAAUGUUUGAGAUCAAAGAAGACACGGCCGCCGUACUCUGUUCUAGUGUCCAGGGAACCCUGGCAGUUGGGAGGAACAAUUACAGGAAAGGCCUUGCUCAGUAUGGCUGACACAGUGCUCUAUGGGGGAGGAGCAUGCUUAGUGGAGGAGAUCUGUAUUGCAAAGCAUAAUGAAAAGUUCCAGCAGCGCCAUCAGAGUGAAGAGAAAUACAGAAUGCAUCAUACUGUGCAGCUAAAGCAAGAGCAGCUGCAAGAUGAAGAGGAAAGAAAGAGCUCCUGGGUUAGUCAGGAGCGACAGAAAACACUGGACAGACUUCGCACGUUUAAACAGCGGUACCCUGGGCAAGUAAUACUUAAAUCAACCAGACUGCGACUGGCUCAUGCAAGAAGUAGUAGUACACCCAGCUCAGUGCCCUGUGUAGAUCAACCUCAAUCUCUACCAGUAACUACACAGAUCCAAAAGAAAACUGAGGAGGUGGAAUCAGGAAAAGUAAUCCAGCCUUUCCAAACCCAGGAGCCCAGAAGCUUAGAACAACUUGAAGAUAGUUCGUUACCUCCCAAUGGCAUUACCUCUGAACUGUCUCAUCAUGCUACUCCUCCAAUUCUUGCCAGUAAUGAGCUUCAACCAGAUACUGUUACUGUAGUUCCACAUCCGCCUCCUUUGCCGCCACCGCCACCACCGCCGCCUCUGCCUAUCAAGGAAGAUUCUACUGACUCCUUAGAGAAAAGUGACAGCCCUGUUAAACAGGAGAGUGAGGAUACAGGAAUCCCACAGUCUACCACUGUCCCAUCAGCACAUCUUUUUGAUAGCAGUCAGUUAGUCAGUGCCAAGAAGAAACUUAAGAAGACAGAUCUAGAGGGUUUACAAAGGAGGAGAGUGAGUUCCCCAAUGGAUGAGGUGCUGGCUUCGUUGAAGCGUGGUAGUUUUCACCUAAGAAAGGUUGAGCAGAGAAAUCUCCCUCCUUUCCCUGAUGAAGAUGACAGCAAUAACAUCUUGGCACAGAUAAGGAAAGGGGUGAAACUGAAGAAGGUGCAGAAAGAUGUUCUGAGAGAGUCUUUUACAAUUCUGCCUGACACUGACCCUUUAACACGUAGCAUCCAUGAAGCUCUGCGAAGAAUUAAGGAGGCAUCACCUGAAUCAGAAGAUGAAGAGGAGAGUUUGACUUGCACAGACUGGGAAAAUUAACCUGUGACUAGCAGCCACUGAAGAAAGGAAAACAACAACAACAAAAAAUACCCCAUAGCUGGAGAUCAAUCUUCCUCUUCAUUUCAGAAAAUUCAAAGCCAGCAAUUUUGACCAUCAGCUGCAUAGUAGAAAAAGGCUUCCUUUGGCAAAUGAUUGAGUAUGUGAAAAAACGUGAAACAUUGUAUUUUUUUUUUUUUUCUAGAUUUUUUUUUAUUCAGUCCAGAAGUGCAAGGUUGGACAAAAAGCUGAGUUGUUUAGAUAUGCAUUUUAUAUAACUGUAAUGAGAAAAGGGUCUUCAGGAUGUUUUCUCAAUUCUUUAAGCACUUUUUACAUUUGCGUUAGUAUAUAUGGCCAGUUAAGUGAGGGAACAUUUUAAGUGGGAAGAAUGCUGCAUUGAUAAAGCUACUGGGGGAUGCAGCUGAAACAUCAGGACAGCUGGGAAACCUACUUUUCAGUGCACUGAAAAUAUCAUCUGCUUGAAAAACACAUUUAAUAGCUGUACCACAAUAGCUAAAAUUCAGAUAGAGAUGCAACUAAGAUCUCUUUAGUUAUUCUUCUCACUGCAAAGAAAUGUAUGUUAGUAUGAAAAAUAACAACAGAUGGCUGUACAGUCUAAGUACCAUAACAGUGGAAUACAUGUAUUUAAGAAUGUAUGUGUUUACAAUAUGGUACACUUAACAUGGCAUAUUGCAGCACCUUUUUAGAAGGUCAUAUAUAAUCUUGCACCCUAUAUUUUAAAAGUAGAUUUUCCAUGCUCUUUUAAACAGUAAUAUUUAGGUGAGAUGAACUGAGUUAAUAGUUAUACCAUACAUACAAAUUUGUUAUAAGAAGCAAUAUUUUGUAAUUUGAUACUACUUAAAAUUAUUUUUCUCUGUUAGCUUGAACUGUUCUUGUUUGAUUACUGUAAGCAACCUUCUUUACUUUCUUAUUUAAGGAAAUGCAGGACUUAAGCAUAUUAACACCAGUUAUGGAAGUUAUGCUUCUCUGUUAGUAGUUAAUAUUUCCUUUAGUAGCUACAAAAAAUUGUACAUCAUACCUAACAGCCUGUUUGGCUGAAAACUACACUUCCAUUUAAUGCUGGCUGUAUGUGGCUCUAAAGGAGGGGAGGGUACAGUUUUCAAUACAGUGAGAACUUAAAAAGAAAUAAUCCUAAACUGCAUGACUAAUAGCUGCGGGCAGCUAGUUUUAUAAUGCCAGAGUACUUAGAGGUACAUCUUAUACAGAGUUCGAAGUAAUCUUGUACUAUGUUAAAGGCUCCAUGUAAUGUUCGUUAGUUGAGAAACGCUCAAGUUAUAUGAAAGUCUUGACCAGCGUUUUAUUUUUAUUAAAAUUUUACGUACUGUUUGAGAGACACACCACCCCUUUCCUUUUACAAAAUUGUAUUUUUGUUCAGUAUUCAUUUUAUGAAGGACAAAUGACUGUACUCAUUUUCAUUUAGAAGCAGAUGCAUGAAUUGCUACUGUUGUGUAAUGGAGUACAUAUUCCUCUUUAACUUUUAUAACAGUUCUUCUUAAAAUAGUUGUGGGAGCAAGAAUACGUACCUUGGCAAUAGGUUACAUAACCAAAAUGAACCUCACAUCUUGGAACCUUUAGGCUGUUCUACAAUUAUUGUCCUGAAUAAAGAUCUGUCAUGUUUUGAAAGAUAAUUUGCCACUCUAUACUUGGCAUUGAUAGGCAUUUUUCUUGAUUAUUUUUUUUUUGACUUAUUUAUAAUGUUUAGUGAAACAUUUUCAAAAGGAAUGCUUAUGAGCAGCAUUUUUCAGAAAUGAUACCAGUUUUGCUUCAGGUAUCAGCUUUUGGGGCAGCAUCUUUCUUGGACAGAGCAUCAGUUCUAUGAUACAUCCAUCAUUAGCUUGUCAAGGACCUGACAACCUAAGUUUCUUCCCAGUUUAUUUCUAUGGUUUUACAUCUAACUAAUCAUUUCAAAAUUUAUCAUGUGUGAUCAUUUAGCAUAGAUCAUAAACGUAAGUAGUUUGUGUGCCGAUGGUGUACAGGCAUCCAUAUUCCAGAUUACAUUACACUAUAAACUGGGUCCAGUGUAUGAAUUUUUAGCUGUAGCACAAAACAGAAGUAUCUGCAAAUUAGGAUGAUAUACUGUAUGUGAAGCUGAGGGUUAGACCAACAGCAAUGGUGUGACAUCAAGUAUGUCCAGUUUUUCUUGCUGAAAGAAACCAAAGUGCAAAUUGGACAGUGUGCAUAAAACACUGGCAAAAUUUUUGAGUUGUGGGGGAUGAAUAGUGUAAUUUGAAAAACAGGAAUAAUGUUCCUUCCCCUUACACUAAAUUUAUUAUCCACAAAUUUAUAGGGAGAUGUUUAAAUAGCCCUAUACUGUGUUGUACUACAGAGUUCUCAGGUUGAUUUGUCAACUUUGCCUUGAAAACUUGUUCAUGAUUAAAAAUAAACCUGUCCUUGAUAGACUUAUAUUUAGUUAAAAUAUUAGAUUCCUGACUGAGUGUGUAUACAUUGCUUAUUCAUAGGAAUAUCAUAUUUUAUGCACAUGCACACAAAAGAUAGCUGCUGUGCUGAGCAUAACAGUUUAUAUCAAAUUCAAACUGCAACUUUAAAAAGGAAAGAAGGUGUGUGUUUUCUAGAGAAUAUUAAAAAUCAGAUUUGAAUCUAAAGUAGUUACUGGAUGUCACAGUUUCAAACAGUUCUUCAAUUUAAUAGCCAUUUAAAAUUCCAUGCAUAAAAAUAUUCCCAGUGCUUUUAGAUGAUGAUUUAUACUGGUAUUGCAAUAGAAGUUAUAUGGGGAAAGUCCAACUACUUUCACAAGAGUUAGAGAAAUUGACAAUCCUUGCUAGUUUGGCACAUGUGUAACUGACAGUAGGUUUAUUGAACAGUUCUGCACUUGAGAGACCAUGGCAACCAUCACUAUGGGGCUGGCAUUAAUACUUACAUGUGUACAAGAGGGAAAAAAAGCUUGCACAUAAAAUGAUCACUAGAGAUUUUCAGUAUUUGCUCUUCAUGGAUGCACUACAUCAGAUUCGGUGAAUUGUUCUGUUCCUAGCCAUUGAUCUUCAACAAUUGCUCAUCUUUUGCGCAUUCUACAUGCCAGAAAAACUUGCUUGUUUAUUCAAAAUAGAGCUGUUUGGUAGUGAAAUGGGUUCACUGAGGUAAGGAAUUGGAAUUUCCCAAUCUGAAAUACAUAUAAAUUCAAGAAGCAUGAGUAUAUACUGUACUUUGGGGACUGAGAAUUUAGCAGUGAGAAAAAGGAAUCAAAAUGGUUUAUUUCUAUUAGAGCAACCAAAAAUGAAAGGUAAACAACAAUAGUCUUUUGAUCAGGAAUGGGAUUAGCAUUUAUUUGAAUUUCUGUACCUCCCUCACUGUGGUCCCAAAAUCCAUUAAAAAUGACUAACAUUCUUAUUUUAUUCACUUUUGCAUAUUAUGUUUGCGUAUUUUGAGUGUGAUUUAGUUUUAAAGCAUAGAUGAAAGUUUUGUUUCUCUUUUUUAAGUGUUACUUUACAGAUUUCUUUAAAAAGUUUAUCAGCCUGUAUUCUACAACACACAGCUGUAAAAUAAGUAAACUUGAUCAGAUAUUGUGUUGUUCAAUGGCUGCAUCAGGGACUUUGGGUUCAAUAGACUUCAUCAGAUUCGUUGUAAAGAAUCACUUUGCCUUUCAGCAUCGUGUUCUGUAAAGUCAAAAAUCUUCAAACUCUGAGCCGGUUCUUUAUUGAAAUGCAACCAAUUGAGACGAGGAAGCAGAAACUUUCAUUAGUUAAGGUUCUCUUUUAUUCCCUUUGUUGCACUGAAUUUAAAGACUGUAACUGUAAAUUAAGGUUACUUGCAGUUUAAGCAGCUGUUUUCAUUGUAAAGCUUAUGUACUUACUUUACCGGUAUUAUUUCUGGUAAUGAUCCCAUAAGCGUGAAGCAAGAUACUAUGUAUAAUGUUAGAGAAUCAAUAUGCUACAGAGAAGCAGUAAGAACUGGAAGCGUCUUAUUGAGAGAGCAUGUUGCAUUUACUGAACGCUAAUGGAGUAUAUCGGACAGUAGGUUCAUUCUAAAAAGUGCUCUUUGGUAUAGUGAAGCACAUUGACCUGUAUUGCUAUCUAAUGCUGUGUAAAAUACAGCAGUGGCUGUUUUUAUCCUAUAAAUAUACUGUAAUUUAAAGUUUUCCUACAAAAUGAAUUUAUAUUUAGUUGCUGCCUAAAACAUCAUGUAUUAAAAGUUAGAAUUUUUAGGAGGGGGCUGGGUAUGCCAAUGUAUUUUGGGGUGGGUGGUGUUAUAUUAUGCUUUGCACGGCCCAUUCAGUUACGACUUUGUCCAAAAUUCCUGGCUUUGACCAUGGUGAAUCUGCAACUUGGGAUUUACAGAACUUUAUUGUAAUUCACAUCUCCUAAAACUUGUGCCCUUGGGCCUCAUAAUAUUACCCAAAUGGUCUUCCUUCCAUUCCCCCAUGUGGAUUCUCCGAUAUCUUUAAAUAUGGAAUAUGACCAAUUUAUGACUUUAUUAGACCUAUAAUUAUGUGAAUGAGGAAAGGCUGCCUACAGCUGAUAGAAAAGACCAACCAAGGGGGUGUCUGUUAAAAGAAAAACCUUGACUGGGAGCAUAUUGCUCGUUUAUUGUCUCAGUGGGUAGGGCCCCAACAAAUACGAAGCACAGCAUCAAGUUUUUAAAUAAUUCAUCAUGGUUUUUAUUCACGUUCUGCUUGGUAAUUCAAAGGUUCCACAGUAAUUAAUUUACUGGUAGAGUGGCUUGAUUUUCAAGUCUUCACAUCCAUGCAUUGUGGAGAGGUAUGUGAUUAGAGACAGACUCACUGUGACCUCUCCAUACAUAUUUCUGUGGUUGCUGCCUACUUUACAAGAUAUCUUGUGUUUCUAAGUGCAGCACCUCAAAGUAGGUGAAAUGCAGAAAGCUGCAGAUUUGCAUGAAUAAAGGGUUAAUAAAACUGACACUUUCUAGCUUGGUUGAAUAAACAAGAAAUAAUCAAAUGGAAAACUGAGUCACCAUCCACUAGCUUUGUGCAAUAUUACGAAUAGAAUCAAACACUAGCACAUUGUGGUUGGCUUUAAGAAAGUCUUUAACACAAUUAUAUUUAAAUGGACAUUUUAAAUGCACAUUGUAUUAUAAAACUUCUCCUGCAAAUUUACAAUACCUAAUAAUGCUCAAUGUUCUAAAGUAUUAAGCAACAAGUGUAAAAAAUAAAAACUAAGUGAGCAUUUCUAGCAAUACCUGAAAACUAAAAAGAAAAAAAUAUUGGUUUGACUGUUUGCCUUUUGCUCUCUUUCUUUAGUGCAACUUUUCUGUAAUUAUAAUUAUUCUGUGUAUUUCAUGUUUUUACUAUCAAAGUUAAACCUGUACACAAAGUACUGAAAUCACCUUUUUCUUGUACAUGCGAUGUAACAACAUACUCACAGUUUUGGUGCUUAAAAAUGAUUUUUUUCUUUAAUAAAGGAUAUUUAUUUGAA